GUUUUCACCAACUGAAUUAAAUAUACCUAAACUUCAUCAUUGGGUUUAUCACACAAUUCCAAGUAUUAGAAUGUUUGGAGCAAUCAAUGGUUUUAGUGCAGAAACAUAUGAGACACUUCACAAGUAUUAUGUUAAAAAUCUUUACAAGAUGACAAAUAAACAUAACACAAAUCCACAAAUGAUAAGAAUGAAAGUGAUGAAUAAUAAUAAAAAACAAAAAUACAAAGAAUCCAAAAUAGAACUUCUCAAUCUAAAUAAUAGUUUUCAAUUACAUUUAAUACCAGGGAUAUUAAAAUCAUUACAGCCUAACACAGUCCCAGAAUAUAUUUUAGGAUUAAAAAAUUUAAAAGAUUGUAUAAUUAGCUAUUUUGAUCAAAUAUUUUCAAAUUCAGUGAUGAUGCAAAUUAUAGAAAUUGACCAAGUCAAAGUUACAUUAUAUAAUUCUGCAAGAAUAAAUUCUGGAGAAAUCAUAAGAGCAACCAAAAAAUUUCAUGACAAGCCAUAUUUUAGUAACAUAACAAUAAAAAUGGAAGAAGAUUCAGCUGACUAUUAUACAGAUGAUGGAGUUUGUUAUGGAAAGGUUCUUUUGAUUUUAAACAUUUCAUCUGAAUUUAAUAGUUUGAAUGAAAAUGUUGCUUUGGUUAAUUGGUAUCAUUUUUUAUUUCCAAAUAAUCCAAACAAGUUUUAUAAAUAUGAUUGUCCACAUUUAAAACUUCUUACUGAAUAUAAUAUUAUCCCUUUGGAAUCUAUUAUUGAAGAAGUUCAAAUAAUCAAAAGAUUUGAUUGUAAAAAUGAAUUUAUU